UUAUCUAGGAUUCUGGGUACUUUUCUUUUUUUUUGCCGCCAGGGCCCAGGGAUCAGGGACUUCGGAAGAAUGCUUGGUGCUCAUGCUCGACAUCAGCCGCCGACAUGCUUCUCGAUCAUGCUUCUCGAUCAUGCCCUCCGGUGGGAGGGGAGGCGGGGAAGGCGCUUGCGUAUGAUUCAUGGAUGGAGGGAGCACCGGCGCUCAGGCAGGUGAAAGCAGAUCCGAGUCAUCCAACAACAACAACAGUCAACAACAGUCAACAACUCCGAAUCCUGAAUUGAAAGCCGCGCCCAUGUGCUUCAGCCCCCCCAGGGAUCGCCCGUCUGGUCCUCAUGACGAUGGCAUGGAUUCCGCUGGAACGAGCGGACUGCAGCAGGCCUGGCCUCGGAUUCACAUCCACAUCCACGAUGCACGCCGAUUGCACGCCGGUUGUGCGCAGGAUGGCUUGCGGAGCGAGGAGCGAGGAGCGGGGAAAGGGCGUGGCGUCACUGGCGUCACUGGCGUGGCAAGCGGGAAGCAUGGUCAGCUCGCUAGGUAGAGUAGAGGACUCUAGGGAUUACUAUGCUUUAGUUGACAGUGCACGGGCUCGAACGUCGGUAUGGCGAGGGUUGGGAGGGUUGUCACUGGUUGCUGGUCAGCGAGGGUUCGGCCGGGUUUGGACAGUGGAAAGGGUACCUAGAGGCUGGAAGAUGAAGCUGGAGCUCGAGUUUCCGAAGUCCAUUCCUCGUCGGAUCCUCGGGCCAACGAGUCGCACCGAGGGAUGCAGCAUUUACCUCUCCACGCGACUGCAUAUACACAGCAUACACAGCAUUUACCUCUCCACGCGACUGCAUAUACACAGCAUACACAGCAUAAACACCCGAAACCCUCGCGGGGCCCCUCCAGUUUCCGCUGUCCAUACCCCGUCCAUUCCUUGUCAGAUCCUCGUCGGAUCCUCGUCGGAUCCUCGGGCCAGCGAGGGCCAGCGAGUCGCCCCGAGGGAGUGGAAUGGAGUUGGAUCCGACAUUUCGCCUCGCCGCUCGGCCGCAUGUCCGACGCUUGCCCAUCUGUUCGGGUUGACGUCCGCGCCGCUCGAGUGCUUUGAGUAGAAACCUAGAUACCUAGGAAGAUACCUAGUGGCUUCGGUAGAGCAUGUCCUGGACAUGGCGGGGAUAACUACUCUACUCUAGUUAUACCUACCUAGGGUACAUCCGCCAGGCUCCAGAACGUGAGAGCGUGAGUGAAUGUACACUUUAUGUAGUUACGCGCUGUUGGAAGUGGUUCGGUACAUAGACUAUG